AUGAAGGUGCUAUGUGUAGCUGAGAAGAACUCCAUUGCCAAAGCUGUCGCUCAGAUACUAGGUGGAGGAAGGUCCACUGCACGUGACUCCACCUACAUGUAUGUGAAGAACUACGACUUCCACUAUGAUGGGUUUCCAUUUGCUUCUCAGCCUGGUGGUUGUCAGGUUACGAUGACCAGCGUGGCUGGUCAUCUCUCUGGAGUCGAUUUCCAGAGCGAUCGGUACGGCUGGGGUAAGUGUAAUGUUCAAGAACUGUUUGAUGCACCGGUGAGUGAGGUCUUGGACAAGAAUCAGAGGAAGAUUGCUGAGAAUAUCAAGAAGGAGGCUCAGAAAGCAGAUUUUUUAAUGAUAUGGACAGAUUGCGAUCGGGAGGGAGAGUAUAUUGGUUGGGAAAUAUUCCGUGAGGCUAAUAGAGGCAAUCGUCGAUUGACUGAAGCAGUGGUUUACCGAGCAGUUUUCUCACAUUUGGAAAGACGACACAUUCUGCAAGCUGCUAGGAACCCUCAGAGACUAGAUAUGCGAAGUGUGAAUGCAGUGGGGACUAGGAUGGAAAUCGAUUUACGAGCCGGUGUCACUUUCACUAGAUUGUUGACAGAGACUAUGAGAAAUAAAGUGGGGCAAUCUAACGGUAUUUCAAGACCUGCAAACGGGUCAAACGCUAACAAGAAAAAAGACUCAACCGUGAUUUCUUAUGGUACCUGUCAAUUUCCCACCUUAGGGUUUGUAGUGGACAGAUUUGAAAGAAUACGAAAUUUUGUCUCAGAGGAAUUUUGGUACAUCCAGCUGCAAGUAGUUAGUGAACAAGCUAGUACCAUAUUUCAAUGGGAGAGAGGUCACCUUUUUGACCGACUGAGUGUUUUGGCAAUAUACGAAGCAUGUAUCGAGACGGCGGGCAAUAUAGCGAAGGUCAGUGAUUUGAGAUCGAAACCUACUUCAAAAUACAGGCCGCUUCCUCUAACGACUGUGGAACUGCAAAAGAAUUGUUCUAGAUUCUUCAAGUUAAAUGCAAAGCAGUCGCUGGAUGCAGCAGAAAAGCUUUAUCAGAAGGGAUUCUUGUCAUAUCCAAGAACUGAGACCGAUACCUUCCCAGACAAAAUGGACUUGAAAGGCCUGGUCACCAAUCAGGCACAGCUUGAUCAGGAUAAUACUUCAAGAUCUGCAUGGGCCAACUAUGCAGCAAAUUUGUUAUCUGACACACCUGGAUCGAACAAGUUCAAAUGGCCACGGAGUGGCUCCCAUGACGAUAAAGCGCACCCUCCCAUCCACCCCGUUAUUAGUCUUGGCCCACAGGCCAAUGUUACACCUACAGAGAGAAAGAUCUAUGAAUACGUGGCGAGGCAUUUCUUAGCCUGUUGUUCAGAGGACGCCAAAGGUCAAUCGACUACAUUGACCUUGGAUUGGGGUGGUGAAAAGUUCACCGCUACUGGACUUGUUGUGUUUGAGAGGAACUUUUUGGAUGUAUACCCUUGGGCCAAAUGGGAGACCACUAAACAGGUACCACGCCUCGAGCUUAACCAAGAAUGUCGCCUUGAAAAGUGUGAGAUGCGCUCUGGUAGCACAUCGCCACCCAAACCCAUGACUGAAAGUGAGUUGAUCAUGCUUAUGGAUGUUAAUGGAAUUGGAACUGAUGCCACUAUUGCUGAACAUAUUGAAAAGAUUCAAGUACGAAAUUACAUCAAAAGUGAAAAGACAGGCAAGGAGACAUAUUUACAGCCCACGAUACUGGGAGUUGCAUUGGUGCAUGGAUUUGAAGCCAUUGGUUUGGAAGACUCUUUUGCCAAACCAUUCCAACGAAAAGAAAUGGAGGACGAACUGCGACAAAUCUGCGGAGGCACUAGAACGAAGAACGACGUUAUUGUUAAUAUCAUGGGUAAAUACAGAAAUUACUGGGCAAAGACUAAUAGCUCUAAGGGUAAGCUGUUGGAAGUUUACGAUAGAGUUCGUGCGACGAUGUCAUGA